AAAGAUUACUUGUGAAGCUUCCUUGUUCCUUCUUGAUUGACUUGGCGGUCAAUAUGUCUCUCUCUGUCUAAAGUAUUUUCUCUCUCUUUGCCAGUUUCUGUUUUAACUUCAUCAGGAGUGGGAGAGAAAGAAACAUCCUCCUUGUUCUCAUAUUCAACUAACCCUUUUACAGAAUUUCAACUUUUUUAAGUUCCAAGCUAAAUUUACAUCAAAUGGAAGAAGAAGAAGAAAAAGAAGAGUUAAAGAAGCCAUUGUUUCCGAUGAGUAUUGAUUCAGAGUUCAACAAUUUAUCCUUAGAGUCUACUUCUGCUUCAGAUGAUACAGAAAUGGCUCAAUUAAGUUUUGCAACUACCAUAACACAUUCUCCAGUGAUAAAAAGUGAGUUUGCAACAUACAGACUCAAGCAUGAGCUUGAAAUAAUAAAAGAGGAUCCUUUCACUCAUUGCAGUUGUGGACCUGAAGGUGAUGAUAUCUUAAAAUGGCAAGCAGCAAUAAUGGGGCCUCCCGAUACCCCAAUUGAGGAUGGCAUCUAUUUUCUCUCUAUCGAUAUCCCUGAAAAUUAUCCCUUCAGUCCCCCAAAGAUCAAGUUUCAGACAAAGAUCUUUCAUCCAAGCAUUGACGAAGACGGAAACAUCUAUGUUGAUAUACUAGAAGAAGAUGGAUGGACCCCUGCCAUGUCUAUCAUGUCGUCGUUAAUCUCUAUAUGGUCUAUUCUUCCAGACCCAUCCAUACUUGACCCUUCUGGUCCUUUGGCUGAUCUUGACAGUGUGGAAAGGAAGAACUUUGACAAGAAAGCAAGGGAAUGGGCAUUUAAGUAUGCAAUGGUCUAAAGACCUUGAUUCUCCCUAGUUCUUUUGGUGAACAUACUUUGUAGAGCAUUACAUCAUACUCUUGACUAGCAUGUAAAGCUUUUUAGAUUUGCUUUGAGGGUCAUCUGAAAUACAUAUUGAGAGGAUGAUAAUAGUGUUUUGACACAUUAUACAGUUUUAUCAUUCUAUCAUCCAAAUUUUGAGUAUGUUGUUGUGACUUAA